UUGAAUUUCCAACUAUACCCUCACCAUUUCCCACACUCCUCGUUCUCUUCAAUACUUUGUCUUCUUCUCCAUUUCCACUCUUUAAACCCUUUCAACAUCACCAUCAUUAUCAAUUUCAAUUUCGAACCAAAUCCAAUCACAACAACAACGCUCAUAACUGCUUUUUACUCCAAACGAGUUAACACCGAGUCCACUCACUCACUCAACCAUGAGCCGAUUCAGAAGAUACGAAAUCAUCGAAGAAGAACCAUUACCUUUUCCCUUACCCUUCUGUCACUCAUCUUCUUCACAUUUCUUCGUAACAGAAACCCUACCAUUUGCUUCCUUUGUUGAAGAAUCUCUCCCGUUCAAUCUCGAUCUAUGUCUUCUCCCUAGUCAUUUCCACGCGGAUCUGGUCCGCGUGGAUCGUACUGCGUCGUUUUUGCAGAAACGAGUUGAGAAGCAACAGAAACUCGGUCUGGAGAGUUUGAGUGACCGAGUCGCCGAGUUGGAGUCGCGAUUCGAGCAGAUCCUCGGCGGAAAGAAGAAGGAGGAGAAGAAGAAGAAGAACAUUGACGGUGGAGGUGGAUGUAAUCGGAAGUACACGUGGACGACUGAGAUUAAAGGAGCUGAGAAGAAUGGGUUUGAUAGGAAGUAUAAAUGGAUUGCUGAGAUUGUUGAGGAAGAAAAGAAGAAGAAGAAAAGUGCAGUUGUGAAGAAUGUUAAAUGGACGGCUGAGAUUAAGGGAAAGGGUGAGGAUAGUGAGAACACGAGGAGGUAUACUUUUGCAGUUGAAAGUGGUGGUGAUGAUGCUGAAAAGAAGAAGAAGAAGAAGAAUGUGAAUGAGAAGGAGAAGGUGAAGGAGGAAGAGAAUGUUAAGGAUAAGAAGAAUGAAAGAAAAUUGCGUAUUGUGGAGAUUGAAGAACCCGAUGAUCAUAGGGGUGUCGUUUUAAGACAGGCAUAUGCUAAGAGGUUUGGAGCAGUUCAAAAUCAGAGAGGCAAAAAGAAGGAAUUAUCUCCUCAAGAUGCUGCAUUGUUGAUCCAGAUCACCUUUAGAGCAUAUAUAAUCCGUAGGUCAAAGGCUCUUCGUGCCCUCAGAGAACUCGCUGUUGCAAAAUCUAAAUUAAAGGAGCUCAGAGCCCAGUUCAACAAUUUUUCCUACCGACGCCGUUUAGCUAGUGAUCCGGUGGAAUGCCAGAGGUUUUCUGAGAGAGUCAUUGUCUUGCUCCUCACUGUUGAUGCUAUUGAGGGAGUUGACCAGAUGGUUAGAUCUGCAAAGAAGUCAAUGGUGGAUGAGCUGGAAGCAAUGCUUGAUGUUGUAGAUCCCCAGCCUACUGGAGGAUCCCAAUCCUUCAAAAGAAGAACAUUUGACAUGCCUGAUGGAGUCAUCCGGAAGGAAAUUGAAGAAGGUGUUGCACAAGUUGUGCAAAUGCUAGAUGAAGCCGAGAAUAGCAGCAGCACCUAUGAAGCAUCCCAUCGUGAUUAAGGAAGCAAUGUUUAUCUGCUUAUUUACUGUUUUCCUUAUGAGGUUGUAGUAUGUUGCUAGACGGAUCUUAGUCUAAGGUUCGAGUACUUUUGUUAAGUUUAGCUUUCAUGUUUCAUCUAAUGGUUUUGUCUUUGCUUAAUGUUUGGAACUUUUAUGAAUGAGAAAAAUUGGCUUCGUGCCAUGGUAGAAUGCUGCAUGGGUCUGACCAUUGGAUAUAAUAGUUCAAUAAAUGAUGCAUGUGAUGUGUUCAGACAAGGAUGCCAAAUUUCUGGUAUAUUGAAAUAUGUUUACCUCA